AUGCAUUACUUGAGCACCCUCGGGGUGUUUGCCUUCCUUCCCUUUGCGUUAUCUGCAUCUAGCACUCCACCUGAGCAGAUAACGGAGAUUUGCAAGCAAAGAGGCCAGGUCCCUCAGCGAACAGAGAGUGGCUGGAAUUGCGCUCAGACGUCUCCCAUAUGCGACUCCGACCAGGAUCAAAGUACCUUGCACGAGGAUUCCAAGACCGGAAACUGGAUCUGUUGCCCGAAGGGACAAGAACUGGUCGAUGGCUCUUGCACAGGUGGAAAGGACCCAGUUGUUCCUACUCCCAAGCCAGUACCAGGAUCCUGCGGCAUCCACCUGAAGGACGCAAAACUUGAAAGCCUUCUUCGGGCCCUUCUGGUUCAAUGCUUCCCCCACGAACACGCAUCGUUGGAUGUCUUUAUCCAGUACUAUAUCACCGUCCUCCACGAGGGUAUCAACCUGAUCGAAGUCAUCUACAAGAACGGUUGCGAUGCACCCGACCCUAGCCCUGGGCCUACCCCCAGCCCCGCUCCGGUUCACCCGUGGUGGCAAUGCCCGGCAGACAACUCGACCCCAUGCAAAUGGCUUCCUUUGGAAAACAACAAAGCCCGAAAGAGCCUAGCGGCAACCUCCGACCACAAGGUCCUGCCGAAUCCCAACUUGCCUGUUGCAAACUACAAGUAUCCCUUCGAUACGCUAGUGACCAAGUUCCCGGAUGAUGACCUGGAUAUCUAUGUCAAAGACCAGAAGCUCCAGGCACAAGGCUAUGGAACGAGCUAUCUCAUUCCCGCCGGCACAUCGGGCGAUGAUGUAUACUAUAAAUCCCCCAAGGGAGCCCAAGUCCAGUUCUAUGGAGCUUGUUCAAAGGAUACACCAUGCAUUGGCAACGAAGUGGUGGCCUGGCAAGGCAAGUUGCUCACAACCGCUGCUCCUGAUAUGGAGAUCGAUUUCAGUGGUUACGACUACGAUGUUGUUUUCACUUUGACGGAUACCAGCGUGACCACCGAACAAUACGUGGUGCGCGCAGAUGGCAAGGAGAUUGGCAGAACACACGGUCGGUUGACUCUUGGGGAUGAUAAAUACAAUACGAAGCACAUCGCCAAGACUACCAAUGUUGGUGUUGACGCUCUGGGGGCCCUGAAGAGUAUCGCGAAUGAUGGGUUCUGGGGUUCAUUCCGCAUUCCUAAAGAUACCAAGACAGUGACUGUUCAUCUCGACCAUUAUUCUCCAGUAUAUCCAAACUUUAUCUUCGAGUAUCGGAUUGAUAAGCUCUGUCAAUGCUAA